UACUGCCCCAGAAUGAAGACUGUACCUGCUCAAGCAAACACUAGCAAUAAUGACAUGUGCAUGCAGAACAAUAAGGAAACUAAUGAUACGGUAUUAUAUGAGUCACCAGUCCUAACAAGUUGAUCGAAGUGUCAGACAGCACUGUUAACUUUCUGAAUACGUAUUCGGGUAACAGUUAUUGAUGAGGAAUUAUGGCGAACUGUAACAGUUGUUGAUGGUGAUACUCCGUACACAUUGCAAGAUCAGGCCGAUGUACCAAACUACUACUGUGGAGCUGGCCCUUGCCGACCAAAAUAUCUCCAAGUUUUUGCAAAUACCAAAUUCUUCACAAUGAUUCUUUGUGUGUUUGCAUUAACAGAACAAGCUUUAAUCAGCGGUUUCCAGCCGGUUGUCAUCUCCAGUCUUGAGAGGCGCUACCGAUUCUCCAGCCUUGCUGCCAGUAUCAUUGUGUCUGUGUUCGAUAUCGGUGUGGUUAUCUGUGGCGUCUUAGUCAGCUACUUUGGAGAGAAGGGACACAAACCAAAGAUUUUAGGCAUCUCGUUCAUCAUUCAGGGCGUUGGCUCUCUGCUGUUUGCUCUACCUCACUUCUUAUUUGGAAAGUACCAAGUUGGAACAGAUGCCCAGUUAACCUUCGAAGCUUGUAAUGACACGAUUGCAGCUGUAUCCAGCUGUGAUUCUGGAAACAGUAUUGCAUAUGCUAUUUUUAUCAUUGCUAACCUUAUAAUGGGAAUAGGAGCUGCUUCUCUAUUCACUGUGGGCAUAUCUUACAUCGAUGAUAUUGUGUAUCCCAAGUGGGUCUCUCUACAUGUAGGAGCCUUUCAAGUUUGCACCAUCAUAGGCCCGGCCUUUGGGUUCGGAUUGGGCUCUGCAUUCCUCACAAUAUAUGUGGACCCUGGUGAGCCUACUACCCUCACAGAAGAGGAUCCUGGUUGGGUAGGGGCCUGGUGGCUCUGUUUUAUCGUGAUCGGAAUUGUGUCAAUCAUCGGAUCGAUCCCGUUUUUCUUUUUCCCCCGUUUUCUCAGUAACAGUCACCUUGUUAAGGCAGAGAGGCUAAAGCAGAUGACAGGAACGUACAAAGGGAAGUUUGGAGAUGAGUCUACCUUGCUAAAGCAAGUCAAAGCGUUUCCGUUCCAUUUGUGGGGAUUGCUUCAGAGCAAGAGCUGGUUUUUCCUUACAGUGGCUGUUACAGUUUUGUUUCUUGGUCUGGACGGUCUAAUCUCGUUUGCCCCUAAGUAUUUGGAGACAGUAUAUCAAGUUCCCGCUUCCACUGCUGGACUACUCAUUGGAGCAGUGGCAAUACUGGCUGGUGCCAGUGGAGCACUGACUGGAGCAUUGCUUGUGUACUGUGUCAAGAUUGGCAAGAGGAUGGCCAUCAUACUGUGGGUGCCAUCAUUCCUAGCUCUUAUUCCUCUCACUGGCUUCUUAUUUGUUUGCCCCAAUGUGAAUAUUGCUGGAAUCAACACAGACUAUUUCAACAACUCUAUACAAGAUCCUGGAGAUGUACUACUAGCCUCGUGCAAUGCUGACUGCAACUGUUCCUCCACCAUCUUUGAGCCAGUCUGUGGAGCUGAUGGAGUGUCCUAUUUUUCUCCGUGCAGAGCUUCGUGCUCAAAACUUACAACUGAUGUUCUAAACCCAGAGUUUGUGGAUUGUGGUUGUUUCGAUACAAACGUGACUGCUACCAAUAAAACUGCUAAGGCUGGCCUUUGUGGACAGGAUUGCAAUCUACUGGCCGCCUUCCUCGUGUCAGUGACUGUGUUUGUGUUCUUGAUAUUCAUGCUUGAAGUUCCGACUCUUCUGGUAACAAUAAGAGGUGUUGCUGAUGAACAGCGGUCUCUUGCCCUUGGUGUCUCCUCAGUCAUAUUCCGAGUCUUUGGUUCCAUUCCUGGUCCGAUUAUCUUCGGUGCAAUCGUAGAUUCUGGAUGCACGUACUGGCAAACAGAGUGUGGUCGUCGUGCCAACUGCUGGGUGUACGACAAUUAUCUUCUGAGCACGAGAGCAUUUUCGUUUUGUUUUGCUUGUGUUUUGAUUUGUGGAAUAUCAACAUUCUUAGUGUGGGUGUUCUACCCACCAGUGACCACAUGUUGUAGAGGCAGCACUAAAACUGAAGAGGAGAUGCAGCAAUACUCUCAGAACAAUCAUGGAGUUGUCGCAGUAUCCAACCCAAACUUUGAGAACAGCAAAGAUUCAUAGGCAGCUCGUAUUCUGUACAUCUUGCUAUUAAUCGUCAACAAAUUAUAGGAGAGUUGAGGGAGGGCCUUUCAGUGCAUUUAUUAUGAUGUGAUAAUUAUAUUGAACUUGAAAA